AUGGAGAAUUUCCACAAUGAAUUGAGCGGUGAAUCCAAGAUUGGUAUUCAAGCUGUGUCAAUCAAUGAACCUGUUAUCAACCAGACCUUUAACCAAAUAUCCAAUGGGAGAUACUGGGAAGGCAAACUCUCCAAUAUACCACGAUCAGCAAGCCACAAGUUUACUGGGCGGGAGUCACUUCUGGUGCGUCUUCAAGACUGCCUAGUGCGUACGCCAAAUUGCAAAGUCCACAACAGGAUGCGUGCUGUCUUCAUAUUGUUUGGCCUUGGUGGGUCAGGGAAGACUCAGGUGGCUUUGAAAUUUGCGGAGCUUCACAAGAACACGUUCGGGGCCAGGUUCUGGUUGAGUGCCGAAAAUAAGGACUCCGUACGCCAGUCAUACUCCGAAAUUGCAGGGCUGAGUGGGCUGGAAAAAAGCCAAGAGGCUGGGAAGGCAUUGCUCGAGUCCACGGAAAAUUGGCUUCUGGUCAUUGACAAUGCAGACGACGCGUCAAACGAUUUCUCCAUACGAGCAUACUCGCAGGAAUACGACCGGAACCACAAGGAGCUCUUGACAUCCUACCCGAAUCAGGGCGCAGACUCUUAUGGAUUUUCAGUCUUCGCAACGUGGAGGACCUCCCUUCGUAUGAUGCAAACCCAAGACAGAAACGUAGCGGAAGCGGCCAAGGACAUUCUCAAUGUAUGCACUCAUUAUGAUCAUAAAGAAAUCCCGAAGUUCCUCAUCCAUAGUGCAGCGGUAACAGCGUCGACUGAUGGUGCCUGGAUGACGCAAACAGGCCUACACCUCUUAUACUCAAAGCCGUUUUCUUCGAUCUUCUUCAGGCCCAACUUCUCGACAUUUGUUGAUCAUUCUCGGUGCACGAAGCAAUGCAUGAAGCAAUACACAAAGAUGGUGGAUGAGGCAAUUGUCAAGUUGUCUUGCUACUCCCUUGUUAGACUGCAAGAAGAAUGCGUAUCUAUGCACUCCCUCGUGCAGUCUUGGGCACGUUACGAGUCAGAUUCUGUUAGUCAUACAGCACGGCGAUGGGGGCGACAGACGGCGAUGGCAGCACUGGAAAGGGUCAUUGAGACUGGAGAUGCAGCCGAACAAUACGAAAUGAGAAGGAAGUUAUACCCACAUGUGCGAUGUUUCGUGGAACCUAAGGAUGAAACUAUGAAGAUUGAGAUCACUGCGGCUGUCUCCGCCAAAUUCGCCCGGGCUGCCUUCGAUUUUGGCAACUUCACUAUGGCCGAGUCACUGUAUCAAAAAGCUCUCGAAUCGUUGAAAGCGAAGUCAUGGUUCUUCAGAAAUGAUUCGGAGAUUUGCAAUUCUCUUGAUGGACUUGUGUCAGCUCAGGAGAGGCAGGGCCGCUACAUGGAGGCUAUGGAAAACGCAGAGAAGCUUGUCAGGGGUAGGACUAGAUGCCUUGGAGACAACCAUAUCAAGACGUGGCGGGCCAAGGCUCAGCUGGCUCUGGCGCAACAAGGCACGGGUGAUUACCAAAGCGCACACAACAUCAAUCAAAGCCUGCUGGAGGAGAUGUGUUCUCUUGACUCUGAAGACCGAGAUAUUGUGUUCACGGCAGAGGUCAUAAAAAAUCAUGCGGAUGUUCUCUUCCGUGAGGGCAAACACUGUGAUGCCACUGAAUUAUUGAAAGCAGCGCUUGAGUUGAGGGAGGAAGCCAUAGGUCUGACCCAUCCAGAGACACUGGAAACGAUGGCGAGCCUGGCCGAUGCGUUAACAAAACAGGAUCAAUUGGUAGAGGCAAAUCAUUUUGCGGCUUUGGCAUACGAGAGGCGUCAAGAAAUUCUUGGAAAGACCCACCCCGACACACUUUCGAGUUUGCGAACAUUGGGAAACGUAUAUUACCAUCGGGGUCAAUACACCGCUUCUAUGAAAUCCCAACAACGUGUACUUGAGUCUCGAAAAUCUAUCCUCGGCAUUAAUCAUAUAGACACGAUUACCACCUUCAACGAAUUGGCAAAGGUUCAGCUUGCGCUCGGUGACUACCAAACGGCGGAGGCAAACUUCCGUACUGCAUUGGAAGGAUUUGAGGCGCAGCUCGGAGGUCAACACCCCUACAACCUCAUUCCUCAAAUCAACAUCGCAAUGUGCUUUCGGUAUCAGGCAAAAUACAAGCAAGCGGAGGAACUGUACGUCAAGGUCCUAGCAGAAUUCGAACAUCGUGGAGACCCCGAUCAUCCAGACGCUCUGACCUGCAAAUCGAAUCUAGCUGCUGUUUUCCACGACGAUGGAAAGCUUUCAGAUGCCGAGAUCCUGAAGAGAGAAGUCCUACGGGCUCAUGAACAAACUUCUGACGUGGCCAGUGUAAACAAAUACCGCAGCCUACUAUCUCUGGCUUACACGAUCGCCGAGUCUCCUGGACGGUACCAGGAGGCCGAUGAUAUGAUGAGAAGGGCAAUUGAGGGUUUGGAGAUGACAAUAGGCUCUGAAUCCCAAGAAUCGUUAGAUGCUAUCUGCCAGCGCGCUUAUCUGCUUUGGAAAUCAAAGAAGUAUGAGCAUUCAUGGCUCCUUUUUCGUGGAGCGUGCUCCGCAUUGGAAAAGCUGGGAAUCGACGACCACUGGUGCUUCAAGAAAUUUCGACGAUUGGAGGAGGUGAUGAAACAAAAAGGUCUCGAACUUCCUAUCACACCAGCCGUGUAUGAUUCGGUCUAUGUCACAACUUUAGGAGGCCUACUUCGCGAGGUCGUUCACGAAAGCAGGGUGAAGAGAAAGCGAUCGACUGAUUCCGAGAAUGUCUCUAGCAGAGUGGUGAAAGUGCGGAAGGUUGAACAAGACAACGCCGCCAUGCCUCAGUGGCAGAAGGUCGUUCGAGAGGUGUUGGGAAUGAGAAUGAAGGAUGAAGAUGAAAGAUGA